AUGCACAAGGCCAAGGGCAGGGGGGGUCCCCCUCAGCGGACCAGCAUCCUCAGUGCCUUGAAGGCGACGGAGAUGCUGGGUUCCAAGCCGACCCUCCCCGCGGGUUAG